AUGGGAGUAGCUGUUUUUGUGUUGCUGUUGUUAAUUUUAAUCUCAGCUUGGUUCUUAACAAAUUGCAUGAAAAAACGUAAAAAAAAGCGGUUCCACCUCCCUAAGCUUCGGCGUGGACGGGAUGCGAUAGAAAGUUCGAGAUCGCGUCCAUCGGCAUCGUGUUCGGUGACAGCAAAAUCUAGAGCAUCGAAAGCUAAAACGCCAGCUGCUCCAGACCCGAAGCAGAAGGAUAUGAAGAAAGUUGAUAAUGUCGAGCACGUUACUCCGAAACAAGAAAUCACACCUAAAAAGGAAUAUGCAGAAAAAACACCGAUGGAAAAGUUGGCAAAAAUCGCCAGGGGCACAGUGAAGAGAUCGACGGAUUACCCCACCUUCGAUGAUAUCCUUAGCGACUGGGACGACAAGAAGAAGAAUAUUGAGCCGCAAAAAAUGGAUUUGAACCAAAAGGAACAGCUUAUAGCAAAAGGUGCAAAAAGGAACAAAGACGACUAUCCUACAAUGGGUGACAUUAUGAGUGAUUGGGAUUCAAAGGAAGAAAGGCGAGCGAAAAAAGAAGGGCGAAGAGAAAAGGAUGAAGAAGAAGAAAAGAAUGAAGAGGAGAAAAGCGCUGACCUACAUGGUUUGCUGGAAGAAAAGGAGAAAAAAAAGGAAGGAACCCUAGUUGACAAUAAAAUGACCGCUCAGGAACCGACAGAGACUGUGGGGAUCGAAGCAACCCAAGAUAAUUUUGCAGCGAAAGGAAAGAGGGGAUCUAAUGAAGCAGAAAAACCAAAGGAGAUCCAAGAGAGGGAAGCUGAUGGAAUAGAGAAAGAGAUUGAUGAUUCGCUGAGGAAAAGAAAUGUGGAGGAAGAUGAAUAUAUUAAAAAAGCCAGAGAAGCUCAGCUUAGGAGGAGGGCCGAAGAGGAACAGAAGGAAAGGAAAAGAGCAGAAGAAGAAGCAGCUGAUAGAGAAAAAAAGGUAAGGAACCUUGACGAAGAAAACAAGAAGGAGAAAGAAAGAGCAACUGGAGUGAAACAGUUGGAUGAGGAGAGAGAACAAAAGGAAUUUACCGGAAGGGAAGUUCCGGAAUCAGAGUUACGCGAUUAUGGGCUUGUUGAGAAAAAAUACAAGAGAGGAUCAGGAGAAAUUGCUGACCAGGAAAAAAACGAUGCAGCCCCAUAUUCAAGAAGUAAAAAUAUUGACGUGGCAAGAAAACAAAGUGGAGAAUUGGUGAAGCCAAAAAAAGAGACCUGGAGGUCAGGGACAGGUCAAAAAAUUGGUGGAAGUGGUAGCCCAAAGAAGAGCAGUGGAAGCGAUCACCACGAUGGUGGUCCGAAGAGUAAUCAGAAAAAGCAUGGAAAUGAAAAGGUUCGUAGAAAGAGGAGGUCGAAGGAAAAGAUCAAAAAGUCAUCCGAGAGUGGUGAGAGAAACUUGAAAAAAGGGAAGCAUAAAAAAGAUAAGAAACCGAACAAAAGAAGGUCGAAAUGA